AUGCUCGUCAAGCAGCAAAGAGAAGCAAAUGUCGGCAGAGCGUCAGCUCGUCAGGGUGUGGACGACUUUGGUCGACCCGCCGCACUCUGGAGUAACAGCCAGUCCCAGAGCCUCUCUGCAGAGGAGAGGGGCAGGAGGCUGCUCCAGGUGGCUGCAGAGGGGGCAGUGGGGGAGCUGAGGGCGCUGAUCGCCGCAGGGGCCGACGUGGGGGCGAGGGGCGGGAGGGGGUGGACCGCCCUGCACUGGGCAGCAGACAGGGGAGACGUCGAGGCGGCGAGGCUGCUGGUGGGGGCGGGGGCGGCGGUGGACGCCAGGGACAGUUGGGGGUGGACGCCGCUGCAUUACGCGGCAGUCAAUGGCCGCGCAGAAGUGGCGGCUGCGCUGCUCGUCGCGGGGGCCGACAGGGGGGCCACAACUGGUGAUGGUGGGCAGACAGCGCUGGACAUCGCCAGGGAGUACAACCAGAGGCGGCUGGUGGAGAUGCUGUCAUGA